UCACGAGUUUUACAUUCCCAGCGUAAAAAAAAAAAAAAAAAAAAAAAAAAAGAACACCACCGUGACAAACAGCUAUAGGCGACUGUGACAACUUGGAGCUAAAUCACUAAUGAACCGUCCACAGAUAAACUCCACACAGGAGCGCGUUUGUACCGCGGACUCUCGCGAGAUAAAUGAUAAGGAGUGAGAUUCAGUGAAGAACUCCUCCGUCCAAAGAAGUUCAUAAAAACAACCAGGAGAGGUUUUAAACGUGACAGGUUCGAGAUUGAGCGCGCUUUGCGCAGCGGCGAGGGCUUGCUGGAACACCUGCACAGGUAACGUAGGUUCUGCGGGAUCCCGACCAUGGCUGCAGCGGUGGGGUCCGGUUCGUUUUCUGCGGGUCUCCGGGCCAUGUUUUUCAUGGUCACUCCAAAUGAAUCCUCGUUUCGGGAAGUGGAGGAAGUGCCUCAGUAUGUUCAGCAGGCCACUCCGUUCUUUGUGGGACUGAUGCUGCUCGAGCUGGUGGUGGGCGCGCUGAUGACAGGGAGCCAUGUAGUCACGCUGAGUGAUGGCCUUACCUCCAUCUCUGCUGGAAUGAUCUCUAGACUCCCUUUGCUGGUGAUGCGAGGCUGUGAGCUGUCGGCUUACAUUUAUGUGUGGGACCACUUCCGCCUGUUAGAGCUGCCCUGGGACUCUGCAUGGACCUGGUGGCUCACCUUCCUUGGAGUGGACUUCUGCUACUACUGGGUUCAUCGCUUCGCUCACGAGGUGGCCAUCCUUUGGGCUGCUCACCAGGUCCACCACAGUUCAGAGUACUACAACCUGACCACCGCACUCAGACAGUCGCUCACCCAGCAGUUUACCUCUUGGAUCUUCUACCUUCCCAUGGCUCUGGCUGUUCCUCCGUCCAUCUUUGCUGUUCACAUACAGUUAAACCUUCUGUACCAGUUCUGGAUUCACACUGAGUUAAUCAGAGACCUUGGGCCUCUAGAAUGGGUCUUCAACACACCUAAACAUCACAGAGUUCAUCACGGAAGGAACUUGUAUUGCAUUGACAAGAACUACGGAGGGAUUCUUAUUAUCUGGGACAGAUUGUUUGGUACUUUUGCUGCAGAGUCAGAUAAAGUCAUAUAUGGCCUGGUGUUCCCCAUCAAGACAUUUGAAAUCCUCUACGUUCAGUUGCACUACUAUGUAUAUUUGUGGAAGAAAUCCAGACCUUACAAAACAGUCAGUGACAAAGUGUCAACUUUCAUCAAAGGCCCGAGCUGGAAACCUGGUAAACCCCGUCUCGGCGACCACGUCGACAAUCCCAAGGUAACCGGAAAAGAAGUUCCUCACGAUCCCAACUGGUCCCUGUCUUUUCAAGUUUAUGUCGCCGUACAUUUCCUACUGGUGCUAUGGACUUACCACGAGUUGUUUGAAAGCAAAAUGGUGCUGUCUCAGUUAACUAUUCUCGGGAUGACCAGCUAUGUUUUGCUCACCCUGACCUCCCUGGGCUUCAUCAUCGAACAAAGGCCACUGUCAGCUUUCUUGGAGACAGUUCGCUGUGUCAUAAUGGUGACAUUGCUGCAGUGCAACUACUUAAGAUCUCCAAUGCCUUCACUGUCUGUCCCCACAGAGGCCUUUGUCUCCCUCUCGCUGCUGUACUGGGCUCUGCAGAGCUUCUCCCAGCUGGUCAGCAUCAAGAAGAAAGAUGACUGAGACGCCGCCAGAUCCAUGGAGAAUGAAGACGUUCGGAUUGAAACCUUUUCAUGCUAACGUGUUUUGGUCUCCUAAAGCCUUAUCUAUAACAGCAACUUAUUCAUUUGUAGUGUUUUCGCUUGAUUUUAACUUUGCUCGUUGAAGCCUGUUUGUAACACAAGCUUUGUUAUGUAAAUUAGCUAUUAACAAAUCUAAAGUAAGCUGAAUUUUGUCAAACCAUUACUAUGCUUUUUUUUUAUUAUUUUUUUUUUUUAAAGAAGUGCCAUGUUUAAAAUGUCAUUGCCAUCAGAGGUGCUGCAGUCCAAAGGGAAGGACCCAUUGUAAUAUUUUGACAUCCGCCACAGCACAAAACAUACUUUUUAUAAAACAAGUGCUGUUCAUACUGAAGCCUGUUGAAUUCACAGCUAAAACUGAAUUAUUGCUCUACAACAGGGGUGUCCAAAGUGUGGCCUGGGGGCCAUUUGUGGCCCUCUGAAUGAUUUUGGGUGGCCCUCAAUCACAGAUACGAGACCUUUAAAAAAAAAGACAAAUUAACAUCUUCAUAAAAGGGAAAAUGUAAGGUGCAACAACAUCUUUUAUCUUUUAUCCACCGUAUUUUUUUAUUUAAGUUAAUAAUAAAUAAGACCAUAAACUUUUUACCAAAAGCUAGACUUGUAUGCACCCAUUUAUUUAACUUGACAAAAUAAAGCAUGACUGAGCCCAAUCCUGCUCUUGUUGAUGAAAAGUCACAAAAAGUAUAAAAAGAUGAUCGACCCAAAUGAUUUAGGGUAUCGUUUGCCGAGCGAACCUGCAAGAGUCUUUUUAUGUUUUAAAUCUAAAAUGAUUUACAGAUUCCUUUUUCUACAGAAAUCAGACUAAUUCACUUGUUUAAAGUAUUUAGUGUGUUUAGUUUAUUGUUGAGCAGGUAAAAAUAAAAGGUUUUUGCCAUUUUGAUUAAAAAAAGGUCUUAAUUAUGUGGCCCAUAAGUACUUUCUACGUGACUUUAUUGGCCUCCGUGGCAAAAAGUUUGGACACCCCUACUCUACAAGGUGCAGUGUGUCUUCAAUUUCUCCUUGCAAUAAAGCGCUUAAAACUCUCUGUA